CAUCUCCACCGCUUUGCUAUGGCGCGUGCUAGGGCCAGUUCUGCACCUCAGAGGGCCUUCCUCCUGCUGGUUCUGGUGCUGGUCGCUGGGCUGGCGCCUGGGGCCAGGGGGGAGGGCGGGGGCGAGAGGAGGGUGAGGAAGAGGAGCCUGAAGGAGAGAGAUUACGAGAAUAAAUUUGUGAAUGACGAAGAUGAUACUGUGGCCUACGAGAAGGUGAAGGACACCCUGAGGAGUAUCUUCGCGAAGGGCGUCGAGCCUACCCACGCAGAGGACGAGAGCAUCAAGGACUACCUCGAGCCGGACUUCAACGACCCAGACGCUUUUUCGAACCAGAUACAUGGAAGGAACGACCUGUCCGAAGCUACGAGUUCCCUAAGGUUGUCUCCAACGCGACGACGCGGCCUUGUGCAAGACGACGAGGAACUCCUGGAAGGUGCAGAGGACCUGGCGAAGCGAGGGUAUGCUAACGCUCACAGAGGCACCCACGCCCACAGCAAGCUCCACUCCGCCGCCCACGGAGGGAGGGAGCACACAAAGGCCUUCCUGAACGAGUGGGCGGUGCACAUGACGGGCGGCCAGGAGCUCGCUCGGGCCGUAGGCCAAGACCUCGGCUACCAAUUCCUUGGGCAGCACUCGACCCACUGGCCCAACGAGCGGACGGUGACCUUGCACUCACACCUGGCUUCGGGAGUGCGCAUGGAGAGGCAGGUGGGCGAGCUGAAAGACGUGUAUCGCCUGGUGAAGCUGGACCACCCUCGAACCCACAAGAGAGACGCGCCCACGCUCACCCACCACCUCUCCAGCCAGGCCGAGGUGUUGUGGGCAGAGCAGCAGUUCAUCAAAGAGAGGACCAAGCGUUCCAUCCCUUUCGAGACCGACGAAGAUCCUGACGCGCCUCUUUUAAGGGUGAAGAGGAUCUCUGGCUUCGAGGAAGAGGAGGACGUUCGAGGAGGACUCGAGCGAGGGAGAAGGUCGGCGCAGGCAGCGAAGGCCGAGGAGCUGGAGAGAAAAUUCAACGACGAACUCUGGGUCCAUCAGUGGUACCUGUUCGACACCCGGACGCGACCUGACCUGCCCAAGCUUGACCUGCAAGUCGUGCCCGUGUGGGAGAGGGGAGUGACCGGCAAAGGGGUCCGGGUUCUUGUGCUGGACGACGGCAUCGAGUGGCGCCAUAAGGAUAUCAGGGGCAGUUAUGACAAGGAGACGAGCUACGACCUCAACGACAAUGACGACGACCCCUCGCCCCGCUACGACGGCCGCCUGACCAACUCCCACGGCACGCGCUGCGCCGGAGAGAUCGCCAUGGCCCCAAACAACAAACUCUGCGGCGUCGGCGUGGCUUACGGCGCGAAGGUGGGAGGCGUGCGGAUGCUGGACGGCCUUGUGAGCGACACCAUAGAAGGAAGCGCCUUGGGACAUGCGCUCGACAAAGUGGACAUCGUGACGUGCUCUUGGGGGCCCACGGAUGACGGCAGGAGAGUCGAGGGGCCCGGGAGGCUUGCGAAGGAGGCUAUCAAGCAGGGCGUGGAGAAGGGACGACAAGGGAAGGGCACCAUCUACGUCUGGGCGGCGGGCAACGGAGGCUCCUCGGGCGACAACUGCAACUGCGACGGCUACACCUCCUCCAUCUAUACCUUGAGUAUCAGCAGCGCCUCAGAGUCGGGGAAAUUCCCUUGGUACGGCGAGCGGUGCGCCUCCACGCUCGCUUCUGCUUAUUCCUCCGGAGCCUACACGGAUCAGAAGAUUGCCACGACGGACCUCCACGGCACCUGCACAGACCGGUUCUCGGGGACAUCAGCAGCCGCUCCUCUCGCUGCGGGAAUCUUCGCACUCGCCCUCGAAGUCAACCCGGCAAUGACCUGGCGUGACAUGCAGCACGCGGUUGUGUGGAGCAGCGAGUUCGGACCGCUUAGUCACAACAGCGGCUGGGUGACCAACGGGCGCGGUCUGCGAGUCAACGCUCGCUUCGGUUUCGGUCUGCUCAGCGCCGUCGGUCUCGUGGGCGUCGCUAGUAACUGGACUCGCGUGCCGGACAAGACCGUCUGCAGGAUCACGCCCUCCAACAGCACGGGAGGCGACCUGCAGACCGGCGGAGAAGUCCUGAUCAACUUCGAAGUGGGUCCGAGUUGCGCGAUCAGGUCUCUUGAACACGUCCAGGUCAUCGCCUCCAUCAGCUACUCCAGGAGGGGCGCCCUGGACAUUGGUCUCAUGAGUCCUAUGGGCACACCGACGACACUCCUGAGUCCUCGCGUGGCGGACGGAUCCACGGAAGGAUUCAAGGACUGGGCAUUCAUGUCUGUCCAUACCUGGGGGGAGGAUCCGCAAGGAGUCUGGAAGUUGAACAUCUCCGAUUAUCAAACGGAGGAAAAAGAAAACGGAACAGUUGAUGAGGUCGUUUUUGUCCUUCAUGGAACAAGUGAAAUUCCUGCUCACAUGAAGACUGAAAGAAUAUACAACAUGGAAUUCGACAUGUCCGAGGAAGACGAAGCCGAGGACGAUCAGCUGUCGCUUAGUUCGGACCAUCUACGAUCACUAAGCUGGGAACAGCUGGUCGCUCUCCUGUCCCAGAGCACAAGAUCAACAUUCUCUGAAGCAGACGUAAAGAUGCUUCUGGAGGAGAAUCGGCUGGAGGAAACGCUCAGGAACAUCCAAUCAGAAAGCGGCAAUUCCGAGGCGAGAAGUAUCGAUGGUUUUGAUUGGUCGGCCGUUCUACGAGAGCUGAUGGCCAGGAGGUGAUUGUGUGGGCGAUGUAAACCUAGCUGAAAAAAAAAAAAAUGCACACGCACACUCAUACGUACACAGAAAUGUACACACAGAAGACUCUGGCUUUUAAAGAAAGAAAGAAAUAAGAAAAAAGAAAAAGAAAAAAAGAAUGCUAAUCAUACAUCAAAAAGAAAUAGGAAAUGGAAGAGAAAAUCUGAUACAAAAAAUCACCACAGAAAAUAUAAAUAUAAUUUCCUUCACACUUUCAUGGCAGCGGUGAUGGAUUACUGUUCAUAUUUAUAAACACAAUAUCAAAAAUAUUACGAGAAAGAGUGACUGUUUUAUUCAGUAACACUUUAUGAGAGAAAUAUAUUGCAAAUAUCGAUUACAAACUGCGUGCUGAUUUUGUCGUGUCUAAUGAGUGUAAUAAAUAUAUUCAGGUAUACUAGAAUAAAAUAUAUGAUUUAUUUUC